AUGUGUCUGUGUGCGCUGUUUGUUGGCAAUGUCUCUCACCCUUCAUACUAUGGCUACUAUAGCAAGUGCGACGGGGGCGGACCAAGCACCGACAGUGUUGCCGUCAGAGCUUGUCCGAUGUCCUCACUGUGCCACCGUUCAAUCAUCAGCAUGAAGAAAUGUGAUCUGGAUACGGAGACGCCGCUUCCCACAGUGAAUGUGGGAGUACAGCCAGUACUGCCGCAGUCGGGGGAGACCACAUCGAAUGUGGAUCAGAACCUUUAUGACGACGCGGAUCGUGCCAAGGCGGCAAGCCCGCAGUCGAUUGACCUCAACAACUACGAGGACCUGGAAGCUGGGAAAGCAGCAGCCCGCGCCGUUGCCUCGAAUGGCACCGGCACUGGCAUACCGCCACGACGCUCCACGCACAAAGACAUGAGUGUUCUGGCCAAGCGAUCCAGCCACAAUGUAGCCGAGCUGCAGUCCUCGUCCAAACACUCGCUCCAUCGUGUUGACUCAGCGCCGCCUGCUCAUCAAAUGCUGGGAAAGCAGGAGAGCGUGGGCAAGUCCUUUGACCGACCACCGCCUGUGUGCGUCCAGGAGGAUGAGGACAACGAGCCGCCGCCUGCUCUGCCGCCGAAAACCGAGGCGGCCGAAAUCUUGUACGAGGCCGGCCCGUCCGCCAUUGGCAACAGUGCCAGCGGCGCUGGUGCUGGUAGCAACGGUGCGGGAGGUGGCGUGGCCGCUAGCCUGUCUCAGCCAGCCAUACGGUCACCUUUACCCAAGUCGCCAGCACAGCUGACGGCCGCCAGCAUGGAGAGCGCUCUGCCCUCGCAGCUGAGCCACGCUCCCAUCUCCGUCGAAGCAGCUAACUGGAUACAGAAGCAGACCAAGAUCGAGGAAGACGAUGGGCCGCCACCGCCGGUGCCGCAGAAAACCGCCGACGCCGAGCUCAUCUACGGUGAGAACAUUCCGCUGUCAUCACAACGUCCCAGUACCGUUUCCGCCUCCGAUCUGCCGCCACCGCCACCAGAUGUCCUUGAGGCUACGCCGCAGGUGGGCAUGAUGGACCAGAGACCCGUUCUGGCCAAACAGCAAAUACACGUGAACGACGACGAUGAAGAGGAGGCAGCGCCGUCGUUGCCGCCCAAAACAGCUGGCGCCGAGGAACUCUAUGACUAUGCUACGAAUUCCGGCGACCUUGCAAAGCGACCAUCAUUGGUCGCUGACACCGGCUUGGACUACACAGAAGUGGCCUUUAGCAAGCCCGACGCUAAGUCCGGUGCUUCUCCACAGCAAACAGUGAUUGGCGAAACCGGCAUGGAUUACACCGAGGUGGCCUUCAAGAAGCCCGAAGGUAAGCCUCCGCAGCCGCUGCCGCAAACAGUGAUGGCCGGCGCUGGCCUGGAGUACACUGCAGUAGCCUUUAACAAGCCCGAAGCUCCCAAGCUAAGCGCUGGUCCAUCGUCGCAAGAUACCAGCGUGUAUGCUGAUGUUGCAUUCCAGUAGAUGGCGGCAUGCAUCUGAGCGUAGCCUAGUGUUUCAGUUGCGGCGAAGAGAGGACGACGUGCCGCGGCAGACUAAUCACUGCUUUCUGCAUUCUGCACCAUAUGUGUAUUGACUUUCUUUGCAUGCUGUAAAUACUGAAAAUUCAAUAGUUGUCACUGGAAUUCUGCCGUCUUCCUGUUCCUCGUGUUGGUUACAGCAGUUGCUGAUCACUUCGCCUGCAGGGCUGCUCGAUGAAAUACGGUUGCGUGACUGUUUUGUGACUGUUUGGUCAUGCAAUCUGA